AGUUUUAUGACGGGCCCGGUGCUGAAGGGCAGGGAACAACUGAUGGUGCUACUUUGAACUGCUUUUCUUUUCUCCUUUUUGCACAAAGAGUCUCAUGUCUGAUAUUUAGACAUGAUGAGCUUUGUGCAAAAGGGGACCUGGUUACUUCUUGCUCUGCUUCAUCCUACUGUUAUUUUGGCCCAACAACAACAGGCCCUGGAAGAAACUGAUGGAGGAUGCUCCCACCUUGGUCAGUCCUAUGCAGAUAGAGAUGUCUGGAAGCCAGAACCAUGCCAAAUAUGCGUCUGUGACUCAGGAUCUGUUCUCUGCGAUGAAAUAAUCUGUGAUGAUCAAGAGUUAGACUGUCCCAACCCAGAGAUUCCAUUUGGAGAAUGUUGUCCAAUUUGCCCACAGCCUCCAACACCUCCUACUCGCGCUCCAGAUGGUCAAGGACCUCAAGGCCCCAAGGGAGAUCCAGGCCCUCCCGGGAUUCCUGGAAUAAAUGGUAGUCCUGGACUUCCUGGACAGCCAGGUUCCCCCGGUUCUCCCGGCCCUCCUGGAGUCUGUGAAUCGUGCUCUUCUGGUACUCCGAACUAUUCUCCUCAGUUUGAUUCAUAUGAUGUCAAGGCUGGCGGAAUAGGAGCGGGACUUGGAGGCUAUCCUGGGCCAGCUGGUCCCCCAGGCCCUCCUGGUCCCCCUGGUUCAUCUGGUCAUCCUGGUGCCCCGGGUUCUCCGGGAUACCAAGGUCCUCCUGGUGAACCUGGGCAAGCUGGUCCUUCAGGCCCUCCAGGACCUCCCGGUGCUAUAGGUCCAGCUGGUCCCUCUGGAAAAGAUGGAGAAUCAGGAAGACCAGGACGACCUGGGGAGCGAGGACUGCCUGGACCUCCAGGUACCAAAGGUCCCGCUGGCAUACCUGGAUUCCCUGGGAUGAAAGGACACAGAGGCUUUGAUGGACGAAAUGGAGAAAAGGGUGACACAGGUGCUCCUGGAUUAAAGGGUGAAAAUGGUCUUCCUGGUGAAAAUGGAGCUCCUGGGCCGAUGGGUCCAAGAGGAACUCCUGGUGAGAGGGGGCGACCUGGGCUCCCUGGAGCUGCAGGGUCUCGAGGUAACGAUGGUGCUCGAGGCAGUGACGGUCAACCGGGCCCCCCUGGUCCUCCUGGAACUGCAGGAUUCCCUGGUUCUCCUGGUGCUAAGGGUGAAGUUGGACCUGCAGGGUCUCCUGGUUCAAACGGUGCCCCUGGAGUAAGAGGAGAACCUGGGCCUCAGGGACUUGCUGGUUCUCAAGGUCCUCCGGGCCCUCCUGGCAGUAGUGGCAGCCCUGGUGGUAAAGGUGAAAUGGGUCCUGCUGGCAUUCCUGGAGCUCCCGGACUUCCCGGACCCCGGGGUCCUCCGGGGCCAGGUGGUACAAAUGGUGCUCCUGGACAGCGAGGUGGUCCAGGUGAACCUGGUAAAAAUGGUGCAAAAGGAGAGCCAGGAGCACGAGGUGAACGUGGUGAAGCUGGCUCUCCAGGUAUCCCAGGGCCUAAGGGUGAAGACGGUAAAGAUGGCUCACCCGGAGAACCUGGUGCAAACGGAGUUCCCGGAAGUGCAGGGGAAAGGGGUGCCCCUGGAUUCCGAGGACCUGCUGGGGCCAAUGGCCUUCCAGGAGAAAAGGGUCCCGCAGGGGAGCGUGGUGGUCCAGGGCCUGCAGGACCCAGAGGAGCUGCUGGAGAACCUGGCCGAGACGGCGUCCCUGGAGGUCCAGGAAUCAGGGGUGUGCCCGGGAGCCCAGGAGGCCCAGGCAGCGAUGGGAAACCAGGACCUCCAGGAAGUCAAGGAGAAAGUGGUCGACCAGGUCCUCCAGGCCCAUCUGGUCCCCGAGGUCAGCCUGGUGUCAUGGGUUUCCCUGGUCCUAAAGGAAAUGAUGGUGCUCCUGGUAAGAAUGGAGAACGAGGUGGCCCUGGAGGACCUGGUCCUCAGGGUCCUGCUGGAAAGAAUGGUGAAACUGGACCUCAGGGUCCCCCAGGACCGACUGGGCCAUCUGGUGAUAAAGGAGAAGCAGGUUCCCCUGGGCCUCAGGGUUUACAAGGCUUGCCUGGUCCCGGUGGUCCUCCAGGAGAAAAUGGGAAACCUGGUGAACCAGGUCCAAAGGGUGAUGUUGGUUCACCUGGAACUCCAGGAGGCAAGGGUGAUUCUGGUGCCCCCGGUGAACGUGGUCCUCCUGGAGUGGCAGGAAUUCCAGGAGCUAGAGGUGGAGCCGGGCCCCCUGGUCCAGACGGAGGAAAGGGUGCUCCUGGUCCCCCUGGGCCACCUGGUGCUGCUGGUGGUCCUGGUCUACAAGGGAUGCCUGGAGAAAGGGGAGGUCCUGGAGGUCCAGGCCCAAAGGGUGAUAAGGGUGAAGCAGGCAGCUCAGGUGCUGAUGGGGCUCCAGGAAAAGAUGGCCCAAGGGGUCCUACUGGUCCCAUUGGUCCCCCUGGGCCGGCUGGCCAGCCUGGAGAUAAGGGUGAAGGUGGUGCUCCUGGACUUCCAGGUAUAGCUGGACCUCGUGGUGGCCCUGGUGAGCGCGGUGAGCAGGGGCCUCCAGGACCUGCAGGCUUCCCGGGUGCUCCUGGACAGAAUGGCGAGCCUGGUGCUAAAGGAGAAAGGGGCGCCCCGGGAGAGAGAGGUGAAGGCGGGCCUCCUGGACUUGCAGGGGCCCCUGGAGGUUCUGGGCCUGCUGGUCCCCCUGGUCCCCAAGGCGUCAGAGGUGAACGUGGCAGUCCUGGUGGUCCUGGUGCUGCUGGAUUCCCUGGUGCUCGUGGUCUUCCUGGUCCUCCUGGUAAUAAUGGUAGCCCAGGACCCCCUGGCAGCAGUGGUAGUCCAGGCAAGGAUGGGCCCGCAGGUCCUCCUGGUAGCAGUGGUGCUCCUGGCAGUCCUGGGGUGUCUGGACCGAAAGGUGAUGCUGGCCAACCAGGUGAGAAGGGAUCACCUGGCGCCCAGGGCCCUCCGGGAGCUCCAGGCCCACUUGGACUUGCAGGGAUUACUGGAGCACGGGGUCUUGCAGGACCACCAGGCAUACCAGGUCCUAGAGGAAGCCCUGGCCCACAAGGCGUCAAGGGUGAAAGUGGGAGACCAGGAUCUAGUGGUCAGAAUGGAGAACGUGGUCCUCCUGGACCUCAGGGUCUUCCUGGUCUGGCUGGCACAGCUGGUGAACCUGGAAGAGAUGGAAACCCCGGAUCAGAUGGUCUGCCAGGCCGAGAUGGAGCCCCUGGUGGCAAGGGUGAUCGUGGUGAAAAUGGCUCUCCUGGUGCCGCUGGUGCUCCUGGUCAUCCAGGCCCCCCUGGUCCUGUCGGUCCAGCUGGAAAGAGCGGCGAUCGGGGAGAAUCAGGCCCUGCUGGUCCUGCUGGGGCUCCAGGUCCUGCUGGUUCCCGAGGCCCUGCUGGUCCCCAAGGCCCACGUGGUGACAAAGGUGAAACGGGUGAACGAGGUUCUGCUGGCUUAAAAGGACAUCGAGGAUUCCCUGGUACUCCAGGUGCCCCAGGUUCUCCAGGUCCUGCUGGUCACCAAGGUGCAAUUGGUAGUCCAGGACCUGCAGGCCCCAGAGGAGCUGUUGGACCCAGUGGACCCCCUGGCAAAGACGGGACAAGUGGACAUCCAGGUCCCAUUGGACCACCAGGACCUCGAGGCAACAGGGGUGAAAGAGGGUCGGAGGGCUCCCCGGGUCACCCCGGGCAACCAGGCCCCCCUGGGCCCCCCGGUGCCCCUGGCCCUUGCUGUGGCGGGGCCGCCGCUGCCAUCGCUGGGAUUGGAGGUGAAAAAUCUGGUGGAUUUGCCCCAUAUUAUGGAGACGAACCAAUGGAUUUCAGAAUCAACACUGAAGAGAUUAUGUCUUCACUCAAAUCUGUUAAUGGACAAAUAGAAAGCCUCAUUAGUCCCGAUGGUUCUCGUAAAAACCCCGCCCGGAACUGCCGAGAUCUGAAAUUCUGUCAUCCUGAACUCAUGAGUGGAGAAUAUUGGGUUGAUCCUAACCAGGGUUGCAAGAUGGAUGCUAUCAAAGUAUUCUGUAAAAUGGAAACUGGAGAAACAUGCAUAAAAGCCAAUCCUAUGAGUAUUCCACGUAAGAACUGGUGGACAGAUUCUGGUGCUGAGAAGAAGCACGUUUGGUUUGGAGAGACCAUGAGUGGUGGUUUUCAGUUCAGCUACGGCAAUCCUGAUCUUCCUGAAGACGUCCUUGAUGUCCAGCUGGCAUUCCUCCGACUUCUUUCCAGCCGGGCCUCCCAGAAUAUCACAUACCAUUGCAAGAAUAGCAUUGCAUACAUGGAUCAGGCCAGUGGGAAUGUAAAGAAAGCCCUGAAGAUGUUGGGGUCAAAUGAAGGAGAAUUCAAGGCUGAAGGAGGUAGCAAAUUCACAUACACAGUUCUGGAGGAUGGUUGCACUAAACACACUGGGAAAUGGGACAAAACAGUCUUUGAAUACCAAACACACAAGGCUGUGAGACUACCUAUUAUAGAUAUUGCACCCUAUGAUAUCGGUGGCCCUGAUCAAGAAUUUGGUGUGGACAUUGGCCCUGUUUGCUUUUUAUAAACCAAACUCUAUCUGAAACCCCAGCAAAAAUUUCCACACUCCAUAUGUGUUCCUUUUGUUCUAAUCUUGUCAACCAGUACAAGUGACCAACUAAAUUCCAGUUAUUUAUUUCCAAAAUUUUUGGAAAAAGUAUAAUUUGACAAAACAAGGAAACCUUUUUUGUUGUUACACCAAAUGCAAUUCAAGUGCUUUUUGUUCUAUUUUUUUACCAACUCCAACUUCAAAAUGUCUCAAUGGUGCUAUAAUAAAUAAACUUCAACACUCUUACAAUAACACUGUGUUACAUUCUUUGAAUCCUAGCCCAUCUGCAGAGCAAUGACUAUGCUCACCAUUAAAAGAUAACUUUUCUUUCUGAAAUAGCCAAACAUGAAAUCAGAAAAGACCUCCCUGUUUGAACUACCUCAACCUGGUCAGAAACACAGAUGAAUUCUCUGAGUACCAGAAGAUCAAAAAUUUGUAUUAAUUGGAAAAACUUAUUAAUUUCAUUGAUUAAUUUCCUAAAGUAUUGGUAGAAAAAAGUAGAGGGUAGUGCAAGAAUUUAAAGAAAUAUUUGAAAAGUCACAACUAUUUUAAUUUUAGAUAGCUUUAAAGGUACUUCUCUCUUUUCUUGUCAUUGCUGGUCAAGAUUACCAAUAUUUGGGAAGGCUUUAAAGACACAUGUUAUGGUGCUAAUGUAUUUUCACUUUUAAAACUCUAGUUCAGAAUCAUUGAUGUACAUUCAAAAUAUAAAUAUACAAACAUCUGUACUUAUUUGUACAGAUGAUCUUUAAAAAGAUUUAUUGGCGUGCCACUUCAAGGGACUCUUCCUUCAUCUGUAAAAGUCAAUGACAACAAAAGAAGCAAAUUAUGGGGAUGCUUUUGUCAUAAUAACACAAAGAAUGUGUUGAAAUUUAACUUUGUAAGCUUGUAUAUGGUUGUUGAUCUUUUUCCUUACAGACACCCAUAAUAAAAUAUCAUAAUUAAACA